CUUUAACCCGAACCCCACGUUGUAUCUUAUCACUCUCUCUCUCUCUCUCUCUAGUCUCCCUCUCAGAAAUGCCAUUAUGCCAGGGAAGGGAGAACAGACCCAACAUACAUACUCAGACAGAUGUCUGAUCUACGAGUAAAUAUAUAUAUAUAUAUGUAUAGAGAGAGAGAGAGAGAGAGAGAGAGAGAGAGAGAGAGCCAUGGAUUGUAUGAGAGAGAAACUGGGAAAAACUUUUGCUUUUUAAUGCUCCAUUUCAACUUCAUUCACUUGAAAGACGAGUAGUAAAAAGAAAAGGAGAAAGAGUCUGUCUGAUUCUUGUAUCUUUUUCUGAAAAUCGUGCAGUCUUUUGGUUCUCUCUCUCUCUCUCUCUCUCUCUCUGAAGAUCGCAGCUUUUCUCUCUCUAGCAGCAGCUAUGCAGCAAAAUGGUGAGCAGGCCAGACGACGGUGUAGCUGCUGCUGAUGGCUCAGAGUAAGAGUAAUGUCAAAAACAGUGCCGAUGAAGCGAAGACAACCGUUUUUCAUGACUUUUUGGGUAGGAGCUGCGCCUCCGAUUCGUCGCCGGCGGCUGUGAAGCCGGCUGCCGGCGGUGACGCUAGGCUGACGGACGCGUCUCCGUCGGCCUCCUCCUCUAUCGGCGCUUCUUCUGGUGGUGGCCGUGGACCCAUCUCAGCCACUUCUGAUCUGGGUUCUGAAAGACAGGUAGCAAAUCAUUUUGUCGGGGUUCCAUUCUAUGGCCCUAGGAGUGAUCUCACUGGGACAGAGAUAAAUAAUAGAUUUGCAGGAAAUAAGCGGAGUAAUUCAGAUUCUGGUUUUAUGGGCUCGGCCAGAGAUGGGUUAUCACAACUGGUACCAGACUCACUUGAUGGCUUGAACUCAAUGAAGAUACUCCGAAAUGUAGGGGGAGAGCGGCCUCGACGUUCCCAUGAUGAGGCAUUGUUCUCUGGUAUGCAUCCAGUGAGGCCAAAUCCAAUGUCUUUUAUGUUACAGCCACCUGCUGGCAGUAGGACUGAUGCUAGUGUCUCGAAAUGGGAGCGGGCUAUUCCCUUAAAUGUUGGUGCUGCGGCGCAGUUUCCUCCACGUGCAGGACAGAUUGCUCCUUUUGGGUGUCAAAUUCCUUCAAACAGAUUCAAGGAUGCCAAUGCAGUUCCUUCUGUUAUAUCUCAAGCAGCUGCUGAUGAAGGGUCUCGCACUGGAAUUAAAGGGUCUGGAAUUUUGAGCUCCAUUAAUGCCAGUAGUGGAGUCUCUGAUAGAAACCCAUCUGGGGUGCUUCUGAGUAGCAGCAAGCACAAGUCCAGCUCUCAUAAUUCCGAGCCAGAUUCUUCAACUCCUCCAAGUCGACAUGGAAUAACAUCUAACAGUCGCCAGAUGACUAUAUUUUAUGGUGGUCAAGCCCAUGUGUUUGAUGAUGUGCAUCCAAACAAGGCAGAUUUGAUAAUGGCAUUAGCUGGAUCAAAUGGAGGAUCUUGGUCUACAACCUAUGCACCAAAAUCAGCUGCACCAGUUGGGGAAAGCUCCAUGCCUGGUGGGGACAACGAAACUGGCAUGGCCAGUAAUUUUGCAUCAUCCCGGGAAUUUCGGAGGAGGUUAUCCAUCACAGGGACCGCUGGUCAUGGGUUUGGUUCUGGUGAUCAAAUCUCAGUGCCCCCAGGUGGUCUAGGAAGUGCGAUAGUGAAAGAUGGAAAAAACCCAGUUCAAGCUGUGGAAACCAGGAUCGAAGAGAAGCGCGAGGUGUAAGUAGAAUGUCUGAACAUGCAGUAAAUCUGUGUUAGCCCCUGUGGCUUGGCUUGGACCUUUCUUGCUCUUGUCUUUCUUGUUUCUUCUACUAGUAGAGAGUUGAUUAGAAGCAGUUAGCAUCACGUCCAGAUUCAGAACUUGCUUCCCAUAUGCUUUUGAGUCAAACCACCUCCAAUUAAUUCACAAAAUGGAAAGCUUUUCUUUAGCA